ACAACACAAAACAAAACAAAUUCAUCAUGUACAGCUUGGAUUGACCACAUCCCUUUUCAGAAACUAGUCUGAGUAGCAGCUGCUGAGGGUAGGCACCUACUUGAGAAAUAUAUCAGGAACCAGAGAUAAUGCUUUAACUGGUAAGCUAGGAAGAAAAGGAGAACGGUGUGAAUGCCUCCAGGGAUCGUGAGCCUUUCUCAUCAAUAAUUAUACACAUUCUGCGACCUAAUGACGUUCCCCCAAUUGGAGUGUUCUGUUUUAUUGUGAAAUUGUGAAAACAACCACCCCAGAACUUCACCAUCACCCAUCUCUCCAUAGAGCUUAAAUGAAUAUAUUCAAGGUGAAAGGGGUAUGAAAAAGAUGAGUGUGUAUCAGCAAACCCGAGCACUUUUGUACAAGAAUCUACUCAAGAAAUGGAGAAUGAAAAGAGAGAGCUUGCUGGAAUGGACCAUCCCAGUUAUUGUAGGACUGUAUAUGGGCCUGUUUUCAUAUUUCAAAGAAAAUAUUCAUUUCCCCGAAGCUCCUUCUCAGGAUCUUGGAAGGGUAGAUGAAUUUAAUGGAUCGUCUAUAAAGGUUGUAUACACACCAGUCUCUAACAUAACCCAACAGAUAAUGAAUAAAACACUGUUUGCUCCAACAAUGAAAGGAACAAGAAUCAUUGGAGUACCAAGUAAAAAAGACUUGAAUGAAGUGCUUCUGGAGGGUCUUCCACAUGCUAUUGGAAUCGUAUUUAAUGACACCUUCUCUUACAAGUUAGAAGUACAUCUAAUGUAUGGAAAUCCAUUUUUAAAUGAAGAUUUAUUAGUUCAUUGCUGGAAUUCAUAUAGUGAUGUUUCAUGUUUAUUGUCCAGAUACUGGAAAAGAGGAUUUGUGGCUUUACAAACUGCCAUUAAUGCUGCUAUUAUCGAAGUCACAACAAACCACUCUGUGAUGGAGGAGUUGAUGUCUGUUAAUGCAAUAAAUAUGAAGACAUUACCUUUUAUUUCUAAAGACCUUCUUCAAUAUGAAUUUUUUAUUUUAUGCUGCUUGUUUUAUUUCUCCUCGUUUAUACAUUUUGUAUCCUACAAUGUCACAAAAGAAAGAAAAAGGUAUAAGGAAUUGAUGAAAAUAAUGGGUCUACGAGAAUCUGCAUUCUGGCUGUCCUGGGGCUUAAUCUAUGUUGGCUUCAUUUUUAUUAUUUCCAUAUUCGUUGCAGUUAUUAUAACAUCUACCCAGAUUAUAGUGAUGACCGGUUUCCUUGUCAUAUUUACACUCUUUUUCUUAUAUGGAUUAUCUUUGAUAGCUGUAGCUUUCCUGAUGGCUGUUCUGUUUCAGAAAACUGUCCUCACCAAUCUAAUCAUAUUUCUCUUCACCCUCCUUUGGGGGUGUGUGGGAUUCACUGUACUUUAUAAACAACUCCCCUCAUCUCUGGAAUGGAUUCUGAGCAUCUGCAGCCCCUUUGCCUUCACCUCUGGAUUGGCUAAGAUUUUCUUUCUGGAUUAUAACUUGAAUGGUGUAGUAUUUCCAGACCCUUCAGGAGAAUCAUAUGUAAUGAUAGGGACGUUUUCCAUAUUGGCUUUCGAUGGUCUUAUCUACUUGGUCUUGGCCUUGUAUUUUGAUAGAGUCUUGCCCUAUGGGGAUGAGCGCCGUUAUUCUCUACUGUUUUGCUUGAAGUCAACAUCUUGGUUUCGAAAAACAACCAUUAGAAACGAGGUCACUGAGAGAGUCAUAGAUCCCGAGCUUCCUUCUGACGAUUAUUUUGAGCCUGUAGACCCAGAAUACCAAGGAAAAGAAGCUAUCAGAAUAAGAAAUAUUAAAAAAGAAUAUAAAGGAAAGUCUGGAAAAGUGGAGGCAUUGAAAGGCUUGUUCUUGGAUAUAUAUGAGAGUCAAAUCACGGCAAUUCUGGGCCACAGUGGAGCUGGCAAAUCAUCAUUACUAAACAUCCUCAAUGGAUUAUAUGUUCCAACAGCGGGAUUAGUCACAGUCUACAAUAAAAACCUCUCUGAAAUGCAAGACUUGAGGGAAAUCAACAAGAUGACUGGUGUUUGUCCUCAACAUAAUGUUCAGUUUGAAACACUCACUGUCAAGGAAAACCUCACCCUCUUUGCUAAAAUAAAAGGGAUUCCUCCACAGGAAGUAGAACAAGAGGUACAACAAAUCGUACUGGAAUUGGACAUGCAAAACAUUCAGGAUAACCUCACUGAACAUUUAAGUGAAGGACAGAGAAGAAAGCUCACCUUUGGGAUUGCUGUGUUAGGCGAUCCCCGGAUCUUGCUCUUAGAUGAACCUACUGUGGGACUAGAUCCCUUUUCCAGGCAGCAAGUGUGGAGUUUUCUGAAGCAACGCAGGGCUAACCGUGUGAUCCUCCUCAGUACUCAGUUCAUGGAUGAGGCAGACCUCUUUGCUGACAGAAAAGUGAUCAUCUCCAAUGGGAGUCUGAAAUGCACAGGUUCUUCUGUGUUUCUGAAGAGAAAAUGGGGUUUUGGAUAUCACUUAAGCUUGUUUGUGAAUGAAACAUGUGAUUCAGAGCAGUUAACAUCCUUCAUCAAUCAUCACAUCCCUGAUGCUAAAUUAAAAGCAAAAACCAAAGAAAAGCUUGUGUACAUUUUGCCAUUGGAAAAGACAAGCAAGUUUCCAGACUUCUUCAGUGAUCUGGAUAGAUAUCCUGGCCAGGGCUUGAUUAAUUAUGAAGUGUCCAUGUCAAGUCUGAAUGAAGUCUUCAGGAACCUAGAAGGAGCAUCAGCUACCACCACACGAGACUUUGAGAAAGGAGAAACAGUAAGAGACUCAGAAAGUUUAAAUGAAAUGGAGCCGGUUUAUCCUUCUCUUUCUAAAGUGCAAAAGACUGUGAGUGCCAUGGGCCUUUGGAGAAUGCAGGUCUGUGCAAUAGCACGACUUCGCAUCUUAAAACUAAAACGAGAGAGAAAAGCCAUGUUGACCUUUCUGUUGAUUCUUGGAAUUGCACUCUUCCCACUGAUUAUGGACAAGAUUGCUGAUGGUAUGCUAAAUAACAAAAACGACUGGGAAUUUAAAACAGAAUUGUAUUUCCUGUCCCCUGGACAAUUUCCUCAGGGUGUGCGAACCAGCCUAUUGGUCAUCAAUAACACAGAAUCAAAUAUUGAAGAUUUCAUACAGUCACUGAAGUGUCAGAACAUAGUUUUGGAAGUAGAUGACUUUGAAAACACAAAUGGUACUGAAAGCCUUUCAUACAAUGGAGCAAUUAUAGUUUCUGGAAAACGAAAGGAUUACAGAUUUUCAGUUGUGUGUAAUACCAAGAGGCUGUACUGCUUUCCUAUACUGAUGAACGUCAUCAGCAAUGGGAUCCUUCAUAUGUUCAACCAUACACAGCAUAUUAGAAUCAAGGAAACAGUAUUUUCAGCAGACAUUACGAUGUACUGGUUUGGGAUAGUGGAAACUUCCCUGUGUAUCUUGCUUAUUAUAUGCAGCAUUUCUCCACACAUUGCCAUGAGUAGCGUCAGUGACUACAAAAAUAAAGCGGAUUCUCAGCUGUGGAUUUCUGGCCUCUACCCUUCUGCCUACUGGGGUGGGCAGGCGGUCGUGGACGUUAGCCUCUUCAGUGUGAUUCUUCUUUUAAGCAACUUGACGUUAUACCUGACAACAGCGGCGCACAUUCCUUUGACAAGUGAAAUUGUGCUGUCUAUAAUUUUUCUUUCAUUUGGUUGUGCAGCUUCUCUUGUCUUCUUGACAUAUGUGAUAUCAUUUGUUUUUGGCAAAAGGAAAAAAAACAGUGGCUUCUGGUCAGUUUGCUUCUUUAUUGUCUUUGCCAUUAUGUUGGACAUCAUUUUUAAGUAUUUCUUCAGUGAAACAUUUCUAAUUAUCAUCAUGGUGUUAUUUCCUUCAUUUUCGUUGAAUGCAAUCAUGAUCAUUAUAGAAAUGAGAGCCUACAAGAACUAUGAGGGACUUGGAGAACUCAAAUAUGCUUUAUCUACGGUUGAUCUUCUGUUUUGUCUAAUACCUUACUUUCAUACUUUGCUAUUUAUUUUUGUCCUGAGAUGCCUGGAAAUUAAAUAUGGAAAAAAUGUAAUAAGGAAGGAUCCCAUUUUCAGGAUAUCGCCACAAAAUCUCAAUGUUCGACCAAAUCCAGAAGAACCUAUAGACGAAGAUGAAGAUGUUCAAGCAGAAAGAAUAAGGACAUCGGAUGCCCUGAGCACUUCAAAUUCGGAUGAGAAGCCAGUCAUAAUCGCCAGCUGUCUGCACAAAGAGUACACAGGUCAGAAGAAAAGUUGCUUUUCAAAGAGGAUGAAGAAAGUAGCAGCAAAAAACAUCUCUUUUUGUGUUAAUAAAGGUGAAAUUUUGGGAUUGUUAGGACCCAAUGGUGCUGGUAAAAGUUCCUCUAUCAGGAUGGUAGCUGGGAUCACAAAUCCAACAUCUGGGAAGGUGGAGCUGAAAGGAUUCAGUUCAGCUGUGGAUCACCACGAUGAUGGCACAGUCAAGUUUGGAUACUGUCCUCAGGAGAACGUGCUGUGGCCCAUCCUGACGGUGAAGGAACACCUGGAGAUGUAUGCUGCUGUGAAGGGGCUAAGGCAGGAGGAUGCUGUUGUUGCCAUUGCAAGGUUAGUGAAUGCUUUUGAACUGCACGACCAGCUGAAUGUCCUCGUGCAGAAACUAGCCGCAGGGGCCACUAGGAAGCUGUGCUUUGUGCUGAGCAUUCUGGGAAAUCCAUCUGUCCUGAUUCUGGAUGAACCGUCUACCGGCAUAGAUGCCUCAGGGAAGCAACAAAUGUGGCAGGAGAUCCUGGCAGCUGUUAAAGACAACAAGAAGGGUGUACUCUUGACUACCCACGACCUGGCUGAAGCUGAGGCUCUGUGUGACCGUGUGGCCAUCAUGGUGUCUGGAAGGCUGAGAUGCAUUGGUUCAAUCCAACAUCUGAAAAGAAAAUUUGGCAAGGACUACAUUCUAGAAGUAAAAGUGAAGGAAUCUUCUCAAGAGCCGUUAGUUCACAGGGAGAUUCUGAAGCUGUUCCCACAGGCUGCACGCCAGGAAAGGCAUUUCUCCUUGCUGAUCUACAAGCUACCCACCACAGAUGUUUACCCUCUGUCUCAGGCCUUCCACAAAUUAGAAGCAGUGAAGCAUGGCUUUAACCUGGAAGAAUACAGUCUCUCUCAGUGCACACUGGACAAAGUAUUUGUAGAACUUUCAAAGGAACAGGAGCUGGGCAAUGUUCAUGAAGAAGUUGAUACAGCAGUGAGAUGGAAACUCCUCCCUCCCUCAGAUGAACUGUGAAGUCUCAGACCUAAUUAUUCUGUCAUCCUACAAACUUGUUUAAUAUAGUAAUGAACAGAAUUAAUAAUUUCAAAGAUGUUUUAUAUCUAUGUUAUACAUAUUUUAUCUGCUUAAUCAACAUCAAAAUAAAGUUUACAGUCAUCCAUGUCCCAAAA